GCUGACGGCGGUGAAAUCUCCAGGCGCUGAAACUUGGGACUGUGUUGUUGAUAGAAACUGGGGUAAAUGUCGGAGAGUUUGUGCGGAGUCACGGUCCUGACACUCGGUGGGAUUAUAUAACCACACACUGGCCGGUUAACUGCUCCUCAGCGCCUCUUUACAUUCAACCUGUCCGAGUUUUCCGAGAAACAAAUGGGUGAAAAUGAGGAGAAGAGCCCCGAUGGAGUCAGAUAUUUCAGACUGUCAGAGAUCGAGGAGCAGAACACGUUCAGAUCAACCUGGAUCAUCAUCCACAACAAAGUCUACGAUGUCACCAAGUUUCUGGAAGAGCACCCCGGAGGAGAGGAGGUGCUGAGGGAGCAGGCGGGUGGAGACGCCACCGAGAGCUUCGAGGACGUCGGACACUCCACGGACGCCAGAGAGAUGGCCAGCGCCAUGGUGAUCGGAGAGCUGCACCCGGACGACAGAGACAAGAUCGCCAAACCUGUGGAAACACUGGUGACCACAUUGAAGGAGGAGACCAGCUGGUGGUCUAACUGGCUGAUUCCCGCUCUGGUGGCGGCCAUCGUCACGCUCAUGUACCGCAUCUACACCAUGGACAGCGAGUGACAUCAUCAUCAGCACCUCAACAAGACGAGCGCUGCAGCCAUUUUCCCAAACCUGUGAUUGACAGCCGAACCAGCCAAUGGCAGCGAGCGGACGCUGCGGCUCCAGACUGACGACCGUCUGACCCGUGGAUUAAAAACAGUCUCAGAGGGAAACCAUCACUACAAUACCCAUGAUUCAUUUCAUGCUGUUUAAACAACCAAAAUGUUAAUGAAGUCAUUUACCUUGUUGAAUUUAUGAAACAUGUUGAAAUAUGGUUUUAUGAAAUCUGUGAUUUGAAAUCUUGUAGAAAAGCAGUGGAUGUGUAAUUACCUGUAUCUUUUUAUAUCUUUGUCACUGAAUGUAAAUGAGUUUAUAAAUAUGCAGAGCGUCA